CGCAUGCUCUGUGUCGGGGGGAGUGAUAGGAGCAUGAAUGGAGCAAAAUGGCGGAUCAUGUGCAGAGCCUAGCGCAGCUAGAGAUCCUGUGCAAGCAGCUGUAUGAGACCACAGACACCACCACCAGGCUCCAGGCAGAGAAGGCUCUGGUGGAGUUCACCAACAGUCCCGACUGCCUGAGCAAAUGCCAGCUACUGCUCGAGAGGGGGAGUUCUUCAUAUUCCCAGUUGCUGGCCGCCACAUGUCUUUCCAAACUGGUAUCACGAACAACCAAUCCCCUUCCCCUGGAACAGCGCAUCGACAUUCGGAACUAUGUCCUAAACUACCUUGCGACCAGGCCAAAGCUGGCAGCCUUUGUGACGCAAGCCCUCAUCCAGCUGUACGCCAGAAUCACCAAGUUGGGCUGGUUUGACUGCCAGAAGGAAGACUACGUCUUCAGGAACGUCAUUGCAGAUGUGACCAGAUUCCUGCAGGACAGUGUUGAGCACUGCAUCAUAGGAGUGACUAUUCUCUCCCAGCUCACCAAUGAGAUUAACCAAGCUGACACAACGCAUCCGUUGACGAAGCACCGGAAGAUUGCGUCCUCGUUCAGAGACUCCUCACUAUUCGAAAUCUUUACACUCUCCUGCAAUUUGCUGAAGCAGGCCUCUGGGAAGAACUUGAACCUGAACGACGAAAGUCAGCAUGGCCUGCUCAUGCAGCUACUCAAGCUGACGCACAACUGCCUCAACUUUGACUUCAUCGGCACCUCCACCGACGAGUCCUCGGACGACCUGUGCACCGUGCAGAUCCCUACCAGCUGGAGAUCGGCGUUCCUGGAUUCUUCAACCCUGCAGCUGUUCUUUGAUUUGUACCAUUCCAUCCCCCCGUCCCUCUCUCCUCUGGUCUUGUCGUGCUUAGUGCAAAUAGCGUCCGUUCGAAGAUCUCUAUUCAACAACGCAGAGAGAGCAAAGUUCCUGUCCCACCUUGUAGACGGGGUCAAAAGGAUAUUAGAAAACCCUCAGAGUUUAUCAGACCCAAACAACUACCAUGAGUUCUGCCGGCUGUUAGCCAGACUGAAAAGCAACUAUCAGCUGGGGGAACUGGUCAAGGUGGAGAAUUAUCCUGAGGUUAUUCGAUUGAUAGCCAACUUCACUGUCACAAGCCUACAGCACUGGGAGUUUGCACCGAACAGCGUUCAUUACCUGCUGAGCCUCUGGCAGCGCCUGGCAGCUUCAGUGCCCUACGUCAAGGCCACCGAGCCGCACAUGCUGGAGACGUACACACCCGAGGUCACCAAGGCCUACAUCACCUCACGCCUGGAGUCUGUGCACAUCAUCCUAAGGGACGGUCUGGAGGACCCUCUUGAUGACACUGGACUGGUCCAGCAGCAGUUGGACCAGCUGUCCACCAUCGGGCGGUGCGAGUACGAGAAGACCUGCGCCCUGCUGGUGCAGCUGUUCGACCAGUCGGCCCAGUCCUACCAGGAGCUGCUGCAGUCCACUAACUCCAGUGCCAUGGACAUCGCAGUACAGGAAGGGCGAUUGACCUGGCUGGUUUAUAUCAUCGGCGCAGUGAUCGGUGGCCGAGUGUCUUUCGCCAGCACGGAUGAACAGGAUGCUAUGGAUGGAGAGCUAGUGUGUCGGGUGCUGCAGCUGAUGAACCUGACGGAUUCCCGACUGGCUCAGGCAGGCAACGAGAAGCUGGAGCUGGCCAUGCUCAGCUUCUUCGAGCAGUUUAGAAAAAUCUACAUCGGAGACCAGGUGCAAAAAUCCUCUAAGCUCUACCGCCGGUUGUCAGAAGUCCUGGGCUUGAACGACGAGACCAUGGUGCUCAGUGUCUUCAUUGGGAAAAUAAUCACUAAUCUGAAGUACUGGGGACGAUGUGAACCCAUCACCUCCAAGACCCUGCAGCUCCUCAACGAUCUCUCCAUUGGCUACAGCAGUGUGAGAAAGCUGGUGAAACUCAGCGCUGUUCAGUUCAUGCUGAACAACCACACAAGUGAGCACUUUUCCUUCUUGGGCAUUAACAAUCAGUCCAACCUCAGCGACAUGAGGUGUCGGACCACCUUCUACACAGCACUGGGGCGUCUGCUGAUGGUGGAUUUAGGUGAAGACGAGGACCAGUUUGAGCAGUUCAUGCUGCCCCUGACAGCUGCAUUUGAGGCUGUAGCGCAAAUGUUCAGCACCAACACCUUCAACGAACAGGAAGCGAAAAGAACUUUGGUGGGCCUGGUGAGAGAUUUAAGAGGGAUUGCCUUUGCCUUCAACGCUAAGACCAGUUUCAUGAUGCUGUUUGACUGGAUUUAUCCCUCCUACAUGCCCAUCCUGCAGAGAGCCAUCGAGCUCUGGUACCACGUCCCAGCAUGCACAACUCCAGUCCUCAAAUUGAUGGCAGAGCUUGUUCACAACAGGUCACAGAGAUUGCAGUUUGACGUGUCGUCGCCCAACGGAAUCCUGCUUUUUAGAGAAACCAGCAAGAUGAUCACUACAUAUGGUAACCGUAUCCUGACGAUAGGGGAGGUGCCGAAGGAUCAGGUGUAUGCACUAAAGCUGAAGGGGAUCUCCAUCUGUUUCUCCAUGCUGAAGGCCGUGCUGAGCGGGAACUACGUCAACUUCGGCGUCUUCCGCCUGUACGGCGACGACGCGCUGGACAACGCCCUGCAGACCUUCAUCAAGCUGCUCCUUUCCAUCCCUCAGAGUGACCUGCUGGACUACCCCAAGCUCAGCCAGUCCUACUACUCUCUGCUGGAGGUACUGACCCAAGACCACAUGAACUUUAUCGCUAGCCUGGAACCACAUGUCAUCAUGUAUAUUCUCUCCUCCAUCUCGGAAGGACUUACAGCGCUUGACACAAUGGUAUGUACAGGAUGUUGUUCCAGCUUAGACCACAUAGUAACGUAUCUAUUUAAGCAGCUAUCCCGUAGCACGAAGAAAAGGGCGGCUCCCAUGCCACAGGAGAGCGACCGGUUCCUGCACAUAAUGCAGCAGCACCCAGAGAUGAUUCAGCAGAUGUUAUCAACUGUACUCAAUAUCAUCAUUUUUGAAGACUGCAGAAACCAGUGGUCUAUGUCCCGGCCUUUGCUGGGCUUGAUCUUGCUAAACGAGAAGUAUUUUGCUGAUCUGAGAAACAGUAUAGUGAACAGCCAGCCGCCAGAGAAGCAGCAGGCCAUGCACCUUUGCUUUGAAAAUCUAAUGGAAGGCAUUGAGCGCAACUUACUCACAAAAAACAGAGACAGGUUUACCCAGAACCUCUCAGUAUUUAGAAGGGAAGUCAAUGACUCCAUGAAGAAUUCUACGUACGGGGUGAACAGCAACGACAUGAUGAGCUGACAUUCCUCUGCCUCACAGUCCCCCUCUCAGUGCCCCCGGCCCCGCCCUACCCCCCCCGGCCCGGAUGCCAUGGGGGCCGCUGCCACAGUCCCUCUGCGCCCCUGUCCCUGACCUCUCCAUGCCUGGACCCCCUCCACCACAACCCCUUUUUGUGCUUUUUAUAUAUAUUUUAAAGUCAGUUUCCAGAAGUCACAGUCCUGACUAGAUACUGACAGCUGAGGCUCAAAGCCCACAGAGAAAUUAAAGGACAGUUGGGGAGCAGCAAGGACUUUCAAAGAGGGAAGCGUCCUCUCCAAACCCCCCUCCUGGGAGAGAAAGAGGAUCUUCAAGUGGGGAGGGGGGCUGGUCAUUGUAGUAGUCUGCUUCUGCCUGCCUUGUAUAAAAAAAAAAAUAAUCAAGUGUACAUUUUUUUCGUAACAUUUUGAACAAUGUUUAUAAUAAUUCAGUAUCAAAAGACAAAAAAACAGUGUGAUUGAAAUUUUUACAGUCCAGUAGUAGUACAGCAGUGUUGAGUGCAGAGUUUGGAUGUGUGUAAGGGGUACACAGUUAUAUCCAGGUGACAGAUUCUGUUAGAACUGAGAGUGUGUGGGAGAAUGGAUUUUUGUGACGGAAAAGAAGGGUUUUGGGGGAGUGUGAGAGAAUUUCAGAUGAUCAAACCUGUUGUAGAUUUUCCUGUAACCUUUCAAAUGACCCGAGCGCAAAAAGGAUUUGUAAAUACAAAGCCCUGCUGCCUUGCAGAUGUUGGAGGAGUAUCUGUCCGAGUCAGUGGGUAUCCGUUCCCUUCAGUGAAACCAGGGUUUCCCGAGAGUGACCUUUGACCUAGCCUGGGGCUCAGGCUCCUUCUCUCUGUCACAUUGACCAUCACCAGAGUUCAGUUCCAUUCACUGCCAGCCUUGCAUUCAGCCCUACUCCCAAAGUCCAAAGACUGGACUCACAUCAGUAUUGGUCCAAUCACUCUAAACAUUUUCUUGACAACAGUUGCCUUUGGUUGAAUCUCACAGUAAUUCUGUCUCUUAUGGCAUUGGUAUUAAUCUGGCGUUCAGGUGGAGAGGGCUAAAAGGGUAUUGCCCUUUUCCAAGGAAAAUUUCCAUAUUCCAAGGAAAGCCUGGCAUUUUAUCAGUGACCAAGUGUGGCUAAAUUCAAGACCUGAAUUGUUUCAAGGUUCUCUCGCUGACUCUUUUCUAGGUCACCCUUUACUUCAUUGAC